UGUCCACGAGCAUCCACACGUGGUUGGAGGAAACUCCAGCGCUUUCAGAAAUGGCGGACGGUAAAGGCAGCUCUUCGCUGCCGCUACCUUGCGUCUUUUCGCCAAAAUCCCACCAAUACCUGGCGGUGUGCGCCCAGGAUGGGAGGCUUCGAAUUUGGAACACAGACAGUCAAACUCUCCACCAGGAGUACGUGCCUUCAGCUCAUUUGAGCGCCACUCCGACAUGCAUACAUUGGGGACCAUGCCGGACUGCCAAGGAGGGUCCUCAGAGAAAGAGGAGGAAAUCGGAAGGGGUGCAGCUGGAGCAAAGGGCAGACCUGUUGGCAAUGGGCACGGUGGCGGGCAGCGUCCUUAUUUACAGUACAGCCAAGGGAGCUCUUCACUGCACCCUGGACGGAGGCCACAGCGGGGGAGUGAAUUGCGUUCAUUGGCACCCCGAAGACACUUUAUUAUACAGCGGCUCCGAUGACACAAACAUUGCGGAAUGGGACCUGCAGACGGGCAAGACGCGGAGCAAGUGGAAGGCAGACGGAGCCGCGGUAACCAGUUUGUGCGUGAGCCCGGACGGUAAACUGCUCCUUUCGGCCGGACGGAUCAUCAAGAUGUGGGCCUUGGACACCAAGGAGCUUUAUAGGAAAUUCACGGGCCACUCCACGGCGGUGACGACGCUCCGCUUUGCCACGGCGCAGCCCAGUGACGGCGGCGGUCUCUAUUUUGUGUCUGGCGCGGCUCACGAUCGACUGCUUAGCGUGUGGCAAGUACGAGAAGACGGCAAGGACAAGAACUCGGUGGCGUCGUUCGUACUGACGGACGAGCCGAAGCACGUUGACCUGGUCGCGUCCAAAAGCAAGGAACAGCAGGCGGUGAGGCUGGCGGCGGUGUGCAAAGAUGGACAGCUGCAUCUCUUUGAGCACUUUCUAAACGGGCCCUGCAAGAAGCCCCAGUCGCCUUUGUGCACGCUGCAGAUGUCGGACACAAAGGAUACGCCGACGCCGAUCCCCCUCCUCGCCGCCGCCUUGGCCGACGAGUCCCGAAGUGCCAUGCUGGCUUACGGCAACUAUCUGCAGCCUGUCACGGAGAGAGUGGACUUAAACACAGCUGAUAGGCACGUUUGCUUGACGCGGAAUGUUCAGACCACAUUGUCCCUUUCCAUCACAUCUGCCGUUUCCAAGGUGAAAACCCCAAUUGUCAACGCCAAGAGCAAAGUGCUCAUUCCCGGUCUUCCCGGCCAUCAAGCCCCAGUGAAGGCGACGGCGAAAAGAAAAGAAGGCACGGACAACAAAGAGAAGUCAAUAGCAGAGCGUCUCGGGGAAAUUGAUCUGCAGUCUGCGGCCUCCGCCCAGAAGGGGGCGCCCUGCUUGCAGACGGACAAUUUUGCCGUGCUCCUGGUGCAGGGCCUCGAGAGCAAUGACAGCACCAUCCUAAAUAAAGUUUUUCAAACGCGCAAAGACACGGUCAUCAAGAAAACGGUGGCUCGGCUACCCCUUCCCUCCGUUUUACCGUUGGUGGAGGAGAUUACAAAGAGGCUCCAAGGGCACCCUUUCACGGCAUCUCUGAUGGUCCGGUGGCUCAAAGCGGUACUAAUGCAGCACACGUCAUACCUGUCUUCGCUGCCCGACCUGGUUUCCCAGCUGGGAGUGCUCUACCACAUGAUUGAGAGCCGAGUGAAGAUGUUCCACAAACUGACCAAGUUAAAAGGAAAGCUGUACCUCCUGGUGACGCAGGUGGAGACAAAGACAGAGAGCAACAAGGCGUUUGACGUUGACCACACAGCCAAGCUGGUCUAUGAAGAGGAAUCUUCGGAUGAAGAUGAGGCCUCUAGGUCUGAAGAAGGCCUUGUGGAUGAAGACUCAGAUAAUUGGGAGGAGGACGAGGCCAUGGAAGAUGACAAAAAAGAGCAAAGUGAUCACGAGGAAGACGAUUCCGACGGCAGGACGGAUUCCAAAGCGAACGGGGAGGAAAAGAUGGAGCACGAUAAUGAGAGUGAAGAAGAAUGACAAGUCAAAUACAACAUGGACCUGAAAUGUACUUCCAUUUUAGUUUCCUGAUUUUAAUUUUCAUAUGAAAACAAAGUAUUGUUUUACAAAAUGGAAGAACGUGACGGAAUUUGAGCCCCACUUUUUGGAACGAAUCCCAGUUCUUUGUCGCCAAAUGAGCGAUGACGGAAUUAGGAGAUGUUUCCAGGUGUUCGUUCUGCCGUCUUGCAACCAAUACUACAACGUAUUGUUCCGCCGUGCAGGAAUCAAGGUGGCGCCGCCUUAUUGGUUGAGCAGAACCAUACUCGCCAGGCCUUUUAUGUACAGGAAACUGUUUGAGCCAAAGGAGGACUCAUGAAGACCACACAUUAUGUCCCAACCCAACAAUGUAAAUCUAUGUACAGUCAAAUGUUUGUAUGAGCUCUUCCUUCUAAAACUACCCCGCCAGAGGUCCUUGAGAUUAAAGGAACUCCUGGAAGUCAAGUCUCCUGAAA